ACGGGAGAUGCGGGGGAGGGUCUGAGCGCGCGCGCGCGUGUGUGUGUGCUCUGCGCGUGAACCCUGCGUUCAGGUCUGUAAUUUGCUCCAGAUGACCACUUGGGGCCGGGAUAUGGAUCAUUCUGGGGAGGUGAGCGUUUCCUCACACGGCAUGACAGCGCAGCGCACAAAUACAUGUAUUUUAUGAACACCAGUUUUUAGCCAUGGAUCCAGACACCUUUUCACACUAAACUAAGUGUAGGACAACUUUCCUCCACAAUGACGGAGCAACAAGUGAAAAAUGGACAUAUGUAUCGGACACCAAAGUGAGAGUGGAGAGUCGGGGUAACUGCACUUGAACACAGAGGGGGAAUGCCGCAUCAGAAGUUUGAGCCAACUGCGGUUUUGGAAUGGAUACCGGUCAUUUCGUUGGUGUCAUCUGCUUUCUACUUUUCUCUUGUGACGGAUUCCUCUCUCCUUCACCCGCUAGCGGCUUCUGUCCUGAGCGCUGCGACUGCCAGCAAGCGCAGCACAUCCUCUGUACAAACCGGGGGCUGCGCGCGGUGCCCAAGGUGCACUCCUCGCGGGUCCCAGAGGACGUGCUUGUCUUCAGCCUCGGCGGAAACUUUAUCGGUAACAUCUCCGCCUUCGACUUCACACGGUAUGGAAAUCUUAUAAGGUUGAACUUACAGUAUAAUCAAAUACAGGCCAUUCACCCAAAAGCGUUUGAAAAGCUCUCCAAAUUGGAGGAGCUGUAUUUGGGCAACAAUCUGAUAUCAACAAUACCCCCAGAAACUUUACAAUCACUGGCAAAACUGACAACUUUGUAUGGCAAUAACAAUGACAUUAAGACGAUUACUCCAGAGCUGUUUGGUAACUUGGAGAGCAUUGUGAAGCUGCGGUUGGAUGGGAACGCCAUAGAACUGUUACAGAAUUCAGUCUUCAAGAGCUUGACUAAUCUACAUUAUCUCCAUCUAGAAUCGAACCAGCUGAGUCACAUUCACAGAAACGCCUUUUCCAAGCUCACCAAACUGCGCUUUCUCAACCUGGCGCAGAACAAACUGACAGCGGUGCGUAAUGUGUUUACGUUCUCCCAGCUCAGGUCACUGAAUACGUUGCUGCUCUCUGAAAAUGAAAUACAACACGUCGGAAACCACGUCUUUCAGAAUCUGAAAAAGCUUUCUAAACUAUCCCUCAGCAAUAACAACAUCUACCAUUUGGAAAGCGAGUCGUUGAAAGGACUGUCGAGUUUGACAGAAUUUCUGAUUGACGGGAACGAACUGGAAAAUCUUCCCGCAGGACUUCUCGACCCGCUGGAGAGAGUUGAGGAGCUGGACUUUAGUUGUAACCAAAUUUCCACAGUGGACCCCUCUGCUUUUGAACAACUGAAGCAUCUGAGUGUUUUAAAACUGAAAGACAACAGGCUCACGAGCCUCUCCGGUAACAUAUUCGCCCUCAACAGCGGCCUUUACGAUUUGGAUCUCCAUGGCAACAACUGGACGUGUGACUGCCGCCUGGGCGAGCUGAAGCAGUGGAUGAAGUCGGCGCACUCUCAGGGGAAGCUGCUGGCCGUUUUCCUGCAGUGUCAUCACCCAGCGACACUGAGGGGGAAGUAUCUAGAUUAUGUCAACAGCUCCCAGCUGCAGCCCCCAGGGAGUUGGAGCCACUUGUGUGAGACCCAGACUAGGCCUGAGGAGAGCAGAGGAGGGGGUGUCCUGGAGAAGGAGCUGGAGGACAGGGAGAGAGGGCAGGGAGAGGUGAGGAAGGAGAUAGAAGGGGAGAGGAGAGGAAUAGAGGCAGAGGAAAGGAAGGAUGGAGAAGAGCAUAGGGAAAUUGGGAGUAGAGAGGGAGUGGAGAUGAAGGCAAUAGAGAAGGUGGGCAGGGGUAGAGAGGGAGUGGAGAUGAAGGCAAUAGAGAAGGUGGGCAGGGGUAGAGAGGGAGUGGAGAUGAAGGCAAUAGAGAAGGUGGGCAGGGGUAGAGAGGGAGAGGAUAGGAAGGAGGGAGAGGAGGAGGUGGGUAUCCAAGGGGACCAGGGAGGGCAAGAUGAGCGGGACAAAUCCCUGUCAUCAAACAGGAGGAGGAGGAAGAAAAUAUCUGCCAGCCCAAGGUCGCAACCUUCUGCUGAGGCUUCUGGGAAGCGUGAGAAAGGGAGGUGGGAUUCCGUUCCGGGCCGCAGCAUUCCUCAAACACAAGCCCCUCUCCUGAACAACCCCACGCCUCCAACCACAACCUGGCCUCAGACAAUUGACCACCAAAAUAGCCAUGGUAACCAUCUCAGUGGGCUCCUCACCUCCUCUCCUCCCACCCCUCGAAAAGAGGAACGGUUUGACCUGUUCAGAGGCGGUCACGAGGACAUUAUACCUGCAGUGACCGACCCCUGUGUGUUCAACCGCCACUUCAUCACCAACGUGACAGUCGACCAGGUCGCCUCCAGCACGGCCAUGGUCCACUGGACCACACGCGACCACAGCCGCUUUACUCCGGGAGCCGGACCGGGACUAGAAGAGGUCCACUACCGAGUGCUGUUUGACCGCUUUGGGUCAUCUGACCGUUUUCCUCGGUACGUGUACGCCCGUGGCACGGCGCGGUCGGUGAUGUUACGAGAACUAAGCCCAGACAUCACCUACAUGGCUUGUGUUGAGGGUGUGGUGGGAGGGUCUGUGUGUCAGGUGGCGCCCAGGGACCACUGCGCCGGAUUGGUCACUCUCCCAGAAGAGGUUCAUCACCAAGAGACACUGACCUCUGACCUCCAACUGGUCACCGUGGGAACACUGGCCGGCAACGCCGUCCUUCUUCUGGUGAUUGGAGGAGCCUGGCUGGGGCGAAGUUUGAGGCGGAAGCUGAAAAGGAGGAAGUCAGCAGUGCAUGUGCGUCACAUGUACUCCACGCGGCGACCGUUCCGCAGCUCCAUGACAACAACGGCGGCGGUGUCAACAGACUUCACAAGCUUCCAGAGCAGCCGGCCGCCACGGCUCGGGACCCUGGAGGAAGGGGGCGACCUUAUAGAGUUCCCCUGCGACCGUUUCCUUGACAUCAGCCCCACCCGUAGAGACAACAGUGACAUGCAGAGGUUCUCAGAUUAAUAAACACCAUAGACCUG